CAAUCAGCUAUCCAAAGACUCUCUGUUCAUAAAGAAAAAAGACUCCGUUUAACUCCAUCUAAAAAAACUCUCUCCACGCAUCCGAUAAAGAGACUUGUCCCUUUGAUCUGAAGGAGGUGAAGAACCCGAAAAAAGGAUUAAUUUUAUGAUUUUUAUCACGACUAGACUACAAACUUCAGAAUAAAGCCGAAAGGCCCUUCUCCUCAGGCUAUCAUCUCCGUUGACGCCGUCUUCAUCAUGUGUGUGCUUCAACCGUUUUUUCAAUCCUCCCGAUUCACUCUAUAAUUCUCGCUGCUGUUCAUGAAAAUUCAUAAUUCGCGUUCGAAACUCCGUAUUUUGUUAUUUAUAUUAAACUCUAGGCUAUUAACUUGGUGAAUUGAUCAUUGUUUAACGAUCCACAGCGAGGUAUAUAUUCUCCAAUAAGAAUAGGGCUUUUGGAGCUCUGGGCGGAUUUGCUUUGUUGUUCUUACAAGGAGUAGGAUCGAUGAAUGGAGAAGUACAACUGGAGCCUUUGGGAGGCCCUAAUCCUAGCGACUCCGAUCCUCUACUAAACGAACACCAUGAGGACCCGACGCCACCUCUUUCAUCUAAAUCGGAGAGCUCCAUCGAGAUGAAGGUAGAAGAUUUGGAGACUGGUUCUCUGCCUUGCUGCAGAAUCUGCCUCGAGUGCGAUGGAGAAGAUGAUGAUGACUUGAUAUCACCGUGCAUGUGCAAAGGCACCCAACAGUUUGUGCAUCGCACUUGUCUUGAUCAUUGGCGAUCAGUCAAAGAAGGAUUCGCAUUUUCACACUGUACUACUUGUAAAGCUCAGUUUCAUCUUCGAGUGGCAGAGUUAGAGGACAACAGUUGGAGGAAUAUAAAGUUCAGACUCUUUGUUGCUAGGGAUAUUUUUCUUGUCUUUUUGGCUGUACAAUCUGUGAUUGCAGUGAUUGGUGGCUUUGCUUACCUCAUUGAUAAAGAUGGAACAUUUAGGAAUUCAUUCAAUGACAGUUGGGACCGAAUAUUAUCCAAACAUCCUAUUCCCUUUUAUUAUUGCAUAGGAGUAAUUGCCUUCUUUGUGCUGCUUGGGUUUUUUGGGCUGAUUCUACACUGCUCCUCCUUUAAUAGCAAUGACCCACACAUGGCUGGGUGUCAGAACUGCUGUUAUGGCUGGGGCAUCUUGGAUUGCUUUCCUGCAUCAAUGGAAGCAUGCUUCGCCUUGGUUAUCAUUUUCGUAGUCAUCUUUGCUAUCAUGGGCAUUGCAUAUGGGUUCCUUGCUGCCACCAUGGCAUUCCAAAGGAUCUGGCAGAGACACUACCACAUUCUGACUAAGAGAGAGCUUACUCAGGAAUACGUAGUUGAAGAUCUCCGUGGCUGCUAUACCACACCGAAACUGGACACAGAGCACGAAGAACGCCUUAAACUGCUCAAACUUUUAUAGGAUGAUAGAGAUAAACAUGAUCGUUUAAUGUUUCAAUGCAUUUUAAGCUUGUUUAUAUUCUCAAUCAAUGCCUCGAGCAUAAGGUUAGGUUGAUCUAAUCUGGUUCAGCAAGAACCAGGGUUCUUUUCAUAUUUCUGCCAUAAGUAAUCCGUGUUUUGACAAAUGAAAACGAACAUCAGUUUUAGAGAAUAAUUAUUUUUAUUCACAUAACAACAACAAUAAUUCAAACUAAAGUCAUUUUGGGUUGUACCAUAUAAA